CAUACCUGAACAUUGUGAAACCUCUUGAUAAUGUGCAGCCGUCGCCUCCCAGGUCAUCACUCUGCCCCUGGCGUGCGGCGGUGAAAGUGAAUGCCGGUUUCUGUUCUGCGGCAGCUGGGGACUUGAUUAAUUAAGGGUGUUCAGCCACGACGCAAACGACCCAAUCUUCAGCAUCGGCUCGGGACGCACCAACUUCAGCGAGCUGCACGGCAACUUCGAGAUCAAGGACGAGGUGUUGCAGAAGCUCCCCCUCGACGGUUUCUCCUUGGUGUCUCCGAAUAACGCCUCUCAGACGCUGUUGCUGGAACUUCAGAGGAAUGACCAGCGGGAGGAUGAGGCAGCGGGUCGGGGAAGUGCUGCUGGUGCUGGUGCUGGGGCUGGUGGCUGCGGCGAGACUGGGCAGCGCCGAGGUCACCUUCACCCCCACGGAGGAAGGCUUCACCAUCAGCUUCCAGGGAGAAACGGUGUUCAGCCACGACGCAAACGACCCAAUCUUCAGCAUCGGCUCGGGACGCACCAACUUCAGCGAGCUGCACGGCAACUUCGAGAUCGAGGAAGAGGUGUUGCAGAAGCUCCCCCUCGACGCCUUCUCCUUGGUGUCUCAGGAUGGCGCCUCUGUCCACGUCACCCUCACCACCGCCGAGGACCCAAAUCUGAAGGUUGACUUCUACCUGGCGGAGAUUAGCCAGAACUCCAUCGACAUCUCCACCGUCACCACCAACGCCGGCGCCUACAACCGGCUGUGGGUGCGGCUGUGGGCGGAGGCGGAGGAGCAGGUGUGGGGCGUGGGGGAGCAGUUCUCGUACCUCAACCUCCGGGGCCGACACUACCCCGUGUGGACCAGCGAGCAAGGCGUGGGGCGUGACGGGGGGGUGAUUGCCAACGCGAGUGACGUGGACGGAGGCGCCGGCGGGGAGUACUACACCACCUACUUCCCUCAGGCAUCCUACCUCUCCUCCAGGCGCUACUCCCUGUUCAUUGACGACCCAAGGUACUUGGUGUUCAACUUCUCGGAUGCGUCCCGCCACGAGGUGUUCCUGCACAACCACGUCUUCCACGCCACGCUGCUCCGGGAGGCGACGCUGAUGGCCACCGUGCAGGCCGUCACCACCGCCCUGGGCACGCAGCCUCAACUCCCGGACUGGAUUCUGCGGGGCGCCAUUCUGGGUGUGCAGCAGGGAACGGAGGAGAUGUUGUUCCACUACGAGGAGGCGAAGGUGGCGGGGGUGGACGUGAGCGGCCUCUGGAUCCAGGACUGGUCGGGCUCCAUUGAGACGAUGCUGGGUCACCGCGUCUACUGGAACUGGCGCUGGAACCAAACCUACUACCCGGACCUGGACCUGGCCAUCGAGACUCUGGCGCAGGAGGGCGUGCGGGUGCUCACCUACAUCAACCCUCACCUGAUCGAGGGCAGCGACAUGUUCGAGGAGGCGGCGGCGCAGGGCUUCCUCAUGACGGACUCGGAGGGCAAUGCGUUCAGGCAGGACUUCGGCGGGUUCUUGGCGGGCACUGUGGACCUCCUGAACCCGGAUGGCUUCAACUGGUAUAAAGCCGAGAUCGAGAAGAACAUGAUCGCUAUGGGCUUCGGCGGCUGGAUGGCGGACUUCGGGGAGUACACGCGGCUGGACAUGUUCUCCGCGCAGACGAACCACGACGCCGAGACCCGCCACAACCUCCUUCCCGUCGCCUGGGCCCACUGCAACAGGGCGGCGCUGGAAGACAGUGGCCAGCUGGGUGUGAUGGUGCCCUUCAUGCGCUCCGGGGGUCUGGGCUCCUCCGGGUACCAGGUGCUGUCGUGGGCCGGGGACCAGAACGUCAACUGGGCCUUUGGUGACGGUCUUCCCACCACUAUUAUUGCGGCGCUGAGCCUGGCAAUGAGCGGGAUGGGGGUGACGCACUUCGACAUCGGCGGCUACACGACCCAGGCGCCCGUGUUAGCAAGGACCAAAGAGCUGUUCCUGCGGUCCGCCGAGUACGCCGUCUUCACCCCCGUCAUGAGGACACACGAAGGCAACAAACCAGAGUCUAACCACCAGUUCUACAGCGACCUGGACACGCUGCUUCAGUUCGCCCGCCUCAGCAAGAUGCACACCCGCCUCCUGCCCUACACUCGCUCCCUCCUGCAGGACCUCGAGGCGACAGGCACACCGGUCCAGCGGCCUCUCUUCCUGGACUUCGAGAACGACCCCCUGGCCUUCGAUGUCGAGUACCAGUAUAUGUUCGGCCCCGACCUGGUGGUGGCGCCUAUUCUCUACAAGGGCGUGGAACAAGGGGAAGCGUACCUGCCUGGCGCGGGCGUGGAGUGGGUGCACCUGUGGGGGGACGGGACGCCUGUGGCCGGCGGGACGCAGCAGGUGGUGUCUUCCCCCAUCGGCUACCCGCCAGUCUUCUACAGGAAGGGGUCCCCGUACGAGGCGCUCUUCCAGGAGAUUGCAGUGGAGUUCGGACGCGCCGGGGGCCUGGCGGAGCUGCACUAAUUCUCCCUCCCCUGAACGAAGGCCUACAUGAUGUCGUCGAAUCAUUGUUACAGUUCACCGCCGACUCCCACUCCUGUAAUCCAAAUAGUCUUAACUUAAAACAAUGUAGAAAUUUAAA